AAGUCAUUAGUAGGCAAACAAUAGCUAAUAUGGUGCCACAUCCCCUGUCAAUGGGCCCCUACUGCCUUUUCUGCCAAUCCCAUGCCUUAGCAGUUUUUUUCCGCAGCACCCAGUUUUCCUAAUUCUCGUCGAUGUUGAAAUAAAGCUCAUCCUUUCAACUCUUAUUCAAAAUCACUCUCAUUCUGUCACAUCCAUUAUCUAACAUUCAAUUUUGUUUUUGUUUUUGUUCUAUCAUAUUCAUAAUUUUCAGAUCUGGGGGUGUAUAUUUUGUCAUCAUUGAAGAGUAAUAAUUUCUGGGUUCAAUCCAAAUUUGAUCAAUUUGAAGUAAAUUUGUAGUUUUGGUGCAUUCUUUUGUUGGGUUUUUUCUGAAUUUCAUAUAUGGUGAAGGUGAAUCUUGGUAUGUUCUGGGAUUUUAAGAAGAUAAGCUUUUCUGGGUUCCAUCCAAAUUGAUGAAUUUGUGUUAAAGUUGGGAUUUUUAGACAACAAAUUUAUUGUGAGAUUGUUUCUAUCAUGGUGUCAGUGAAUUUGGGUAUGCUGCACUAUGUGUUGGACCAUGUAUAUGGUGCAUUUGUUCAUAGAACAAGAAUUAGCCCACCUUUUUUUUCCAAAGGUUGGGGUGGAAAUAAGCUUGAUUUACUUGAAAGUCUAAUAAAACAACUUUUUCCAGAAAUUGAAGGCCAAAAUUGGCCUCCUCAGUUGAUUCAACCAAUUUGGAAGACAGUUUGGGAGACAAAAACUGCAUGUUUGAGAGAAGGAGUUUUUAGAACUCCUUGUGAUGAGCAACUUCUAAGUGCAUUACCCCCAGAGAGUCACAUUGCAAGGGUUGCAUUUCUCACUCCUAAAAUUUUUAGUCCAGAGAAGAUGGCAUGUGUGGUUCAUCUUGCAGGCACUGGGGACCAUACUUUUGAACGGAGGUUGCGGUUAGGUGGACCAUUGCUAAAGGAAAAUAUAGCAACUAUGGUUCUUGAGAGCCCAUUUUAUGGACAGAGGCGUCCUUUUCUUCAACAUGGUUCAAAACUUCACUGUGUCAGCGAUUUGUUAUUAUUAGGAAGGGCAACUAUAGAUGAAGCUCGGUCUCUUCUACACUGGUUGGAUGAGGAGGGAUUUGGCAAACUUGGUGUUUGUGGACUUAGCAUGGGUGGAGUACAUGCUGCGAUGGUUGGAUCCCUGCACCCUACGCCAAUUGCAACCCUCCCAUUCCUCUCCCCUCAUUCUGCUGUUGUAGCUUUUUGUGAAGGUGUUUUAAAGCACGCGACUGCUUGGGAUGCAUUGAGAGCAGAACUUGCAGCACAAAAGGAUACGUUGACUCUAGAAGAUGUCAGGCAGAGGAUGAGAGAGGUGCUCUCUCUUACAGAUGUCACCCGCUUUCCAAUUCCAAAAAAUCCUGAUGCAGUUAUAUUGGUCGCUGCUACUGAUGAUGGUUAUAUACCGAAUCAUUCAGUGCUAGAACUUCAGAAAGCAUGGCCAGGAUCAGAAGUAAGGUGGGUUCUUGGUGGGCAUGUAUCAUCUUUUAUUCUCCACAAUGGCGAGUUCCGCAGAGCUAUUGUUGACGGUCUUGAUAGAUUAAAUUGGAAGGAACCUCCCUUGUGAUCACAAUUAUAAGCUACGGAUACAUAAACUUGUAAAUUAUAUUGGUCUUGAUUUUUAAUUGUUGUACUAUUAAAUUGAAGGAAAUAGGGUAACCCAACCCAAUUAUGAAGGAGAAAUUGGGGUGUCCUCUUUACA